AUGGCCCCCGCCGCCGCCGGCCCCGCGCAGGUCGUUCGCGCGGCGCAGAAAGACGACUACUACCGCGGCGGGCUGCGGGGCGCGGCGGGCGGCGCCCUGCACAGCUUGGCGGGUGCGAAGAGGUGGCUGGAGUGCAGGAGGGAGGUGGAGCUGCUGUCCGACGUCGCCUACUUUGGCCUCACCACGUUUGCAGGCUACCAGACCCUCGGGGAGGAGUAUGUUGGCGUCAUCCAGGUGGACCCGUCCCGGAGCAGAGUACCCUCCAGGUUGCGCCGUGGCGUGCUGGUGGCGCUGCACACCGUCCUGCCCUACUUGCUGGACAAGGCCCUGCUGCACCUGGAGCUUGAGCUGCAGGCCGAGGCCGACAGCCCCAGGCCCUCGCAGGGCAGCCUGGCUCUGGGCGGGCGCGGCCGGUCAGGAGCCAGGCACUGGGUGCGCCGGCACACGGCCACCCUGGCGGAACCGCAGAAGAGGACGCUCCUGCGCGUGGUGGUGGUGCUCAGGCAGGGCCUUGGCUGCCUCCAGCGGCUCCAUGUUGCCUGGUUCUACAUCCACGGGGCCUUCUACCACCUGGCCAAGAGGCUCACAGGGGUCACUUACGAGCCACACGGAAGAGAAAGCCGUUUCCAGAAACUCCACGUGUACACUGUGCCUGGAGGAGCGCAAACACUCCACAGCCACGCCCUGCGGCCACCUCUUCUGCUGGGGGUGUAUCACCCAGUGGUGCGACACCAAGGCGGAGUGCCCCCUCUGCAGGGAGAAAUUCCCUCCCCAGAAGCUCGUCUACCUGCGGCACUACCGCUAGCCCACCCGAGGGCAGAGGCACCGGGGACUAUCAGGAGAGAAACCCCGUCUACUCUCAAGGUCGCUUUUACUUGCACAGGAAUUGCCUAACUCCGAUUUUAUUUCAUGUCACGUGAGAAACUACACGAGCAGCUUUGGGACGGAAGCUGGACCUGCCUACACGGUCCAGGUCUGAGGUCUCUGUGCCCAGGGUGGGCUGGCACUUCCCCGCUCAGUCGCCCCGAGCCCACGGUGCCGGUGGCGAGCGGCAGCUGGGGCAGAGCCCGCCAGGGGGUCCGCACCCCUGCCCCCACCCCCACAGUACAUCUGGGUCACUUCUUCAGGAGCUGGACUGUUGGACAAGGUUGUUUCCAUCCCAUCCCCAAACCAUACGGUGGAAAGUUAGUUCCAGAAGUGGGACCAGCCAUUCAUGUGAUGAGAAAAGGAGUCUGUAUCCGGCGCACAGCGGACGGUUGGGGUUUGGCCCAAGGGGCAGUUGUGGGAACGGCAGACGACGGGGCUGACCCACUGGUCAGUCCGCCAGCCCCGCCGACCUGGAAACCUUGCCCUCAUCGGCAGAGGUAGGCCGCUUGGUGGCUCGGGCACAUCCACUCACAGGAGCGAUAAGACCCCAAGGAGUCGGGUCUCCACCUGCAGCGCGUGGCUCGUGCCGUUUCAUAUGCGGUCAGGUCUGUGCUGUUCCAGAGGAUGGAAGUCCCCAUCUCGGCCGAGGUCUGUCUGCCCGGGGAUCAGGGUGCACAGCCAGCCUGCAAGGGAGGUUCUCCGCCUUCUUCACACCUAGCCCACAGCUGCCUCUCCGAGCUGAGCUCUCCCUGAGGCCUGGGCAGGCUGGCUGUUCGCGCCAGGUCACUGCCGUGUCCAGCCUACUUCCUGCCACCGUUUUGUUAUUUUCAGGUCUUUUAAAGUAUUUAACUUGUGCCAGAGACUACUUUGCCAUGAGCUUCCGUAAGAAACGAGAGCCACAGAAGCGUGGGUACAUUGAGAAUGUCGUCAGGGUGAACAGAAGGUCCCAUUUCCUAAAGGACGAGAACCUGCGGUCAGGAAGUCCCAUCCCGUGUGAGGCUGCGGCCCAGGCUUCGGGCAGAGGCCUGUGCAGACCACUCCGGGAUCUGAGUGGACACGGUCAUCCAGGGACGCAUCGCUCCACACUCCUCGGCUGCUACGAGCUGGCCACCUGAGACAAGCCCCCGUGACCACAGGCCACACUGAGUAGGGGCCCCAGGAGAGCGGCUCCACACUUCCUGAGGGCCUUUAUGGACGCCCUGUCCAAGCGCAGACAAUUUCCCAUCACUUAGGCCUGAGCAUGUAGGAAAACGGUAUGAAAAACAAGUGUCCAGAGUUUCAACAUUUCAGGUACCCCAGUGUUGUAUCAAAGGUACCGAUUCAGGACCUCAUUGAAAUGCUAAGAUUAAGGGGCACCUGGGUGGCUCAGGGGGUUAAGCCUCUGCCU